AGCCUGGAGAGCCCACACCAUCUCGGAUAAAAGGAGGACACGACGGGGCCAGAUGGUCUGGAGAGGGUUGACCUUUAUGUGCAGCACAGUGUACACGAGCUGAGGGCAAUUCUGUGAAUGCACACUGAGAAAUAAGAAUGCUGAUGUUGGCCCAGAUGUGAUCAAUUGUAUUGACAAAGACAGUCUGGUUGUUUCACAAUCGCGUCCUGGUUGGCUUUACGAGCUGUUUCAAGCAAGAUUCCAUAGGUUGCCAAAGAACAGCUGACUAACGCUCUGGUUAAGAUAUUGCCCACAUUAUAGCUUAUCUUAAAUUAUGAUGAUACAAAUUGGUAAUUAUGUCGUAGGUAGCAAUAAUGGAAGUAACAUCUGGAUAGCCGAAGCAUCAUCACCGGAGUACUAUGGAGCUCCAUCCCCAGAUCUCCAUCUCUCUCGCUCUUCCGCCAUGUCGUCCCGCGUGCUGCUGCGGCAGCAGCUGAUGCGGGAACAAGCCCAGGAGCAGGAGAGACGCGAGGCCCAGCAGCAGACCUCUGCCUCCCAGCUCCGGGCCUCCGACUCCACUCCAGCCAUCUCCGUCACACUGCCCCCGAAUGCUGCCCGCCCCCCUCCGGCACAGGUGCCCGUGGAGGUGCUGAAAGUGCAGACCCACUUGGAGAACCCCACCAGGUACCACAUCCAGCAGGCACAGAGGCAGCAGGUGAAGCAGUACCUCUCCACCACCCUGGGCAACAACGCGGUGACUCAGACCAUGGGGUUGUCGCCUGUGCCGCAGUCUAGUUCGGCCCCUGAAGUUGCCCCCACUGCCAGCAGUGUCCCCAACAGUCCAAUGGCUCUGCUCAACAUCGGAUCCAACAAGGAGGAAAUUGACGACGUGAUUGACGACAUCAUUAGUCUUGAAUCCAGUUUUAAUGACGACAUCAUUACGUUGAUUGACUCAGGGCUUCAGUUGCCUAGCACGCUCCCGGGGAAUCUGUUGGAUGUCUACAACAGCUCUGGAAUGGCAGCACCGACUUUCGCCGUUAGCAACUCCUGCCCUGCCGAUCUUCCAAAAAUUAAAAGGGAAAUUAUCGAUGUCGAAACCAAGACGCUAAUGAAAGAAAGGCAGAAGAAAGACAACCAUAACCUCAUUGAGAGGAGGCGGAGAUUCAACAUCAACGACCGCAUAAAGGAGCUCGGUACUCUGAUACCCAAGACGAAUGAACCAUAUCACAAUGAUGUCAGCGAGAUGCGCUGGAAUAAAGGCACCAUACUGAAAGCCUCCGUGGACUACAUCAGGAAGCUGCAGAAGGAGCAGCAGAGAGCCAAGGACAUCGACAUGCGUCAGAAUAAGCUGGAGCUGACGAAUCACGGCCUCAUGUUGCGCAUCCAGGAACUGGAGAUGCAGGCGCGGCUCCACGGCCUGAGUCCUGAUCCAUCUGUGCUCCAACAGCAGCAGGUCCCGCACGGCGGUCCGUCUCUGCCCCCCGGCGCAGAGUGCGCGUCCUCCCAAAACCUCCUCGGCCUGGGCGCGGCCGGCAUCGGGCAGCCGCUGCCGGCCUCCUUCCUGUCCCCGCCCUCCUCGGACUCUCCCGCAGGAGUCACCAUCAACAGCCCCCUGGACCUGGGCAGCCUGAGCUUCGCCGAGCUGGACGACUCCUCGGCCUCGGCCCUCUACCCGGACGUGGGCUUGGGGGACUUUCUCAUGGACGAGGGGUGCACCCUGUCCCCGGACAGGAUGGCGGAGCCGCUCUUUUCCCCCUUGUCACCAGGUGCCUCGAAAAGCAGCAGUCGCAGGAGCAGCCUUGAAAUGGACGAGGACUUGUGAUGCGCCCCGUGUGGUCGGUCACAGACUGUCUGUCGGGACGAGAAUGUCAGGAUGUGCAGUCUAUCCUUAAAAAAAAACAAAAAACGUCAGCCUGUUUAUAGGACUGUGCAUUUGAACUUCAAAAAGCAAAAAAAUAGCUAAGAUUGAGAUCAAAACUAACAUGUUGUUCUUGAUUUUUGUUUGUUUUUCUUUUGCCAUACAGGCCUAAUUAUUAUUGUCCCUGUUUGGAGCUGGUCAGAUAAUUAUGUCUGGGUUCACACAUGCAAUCUUAUUCGAAUGAAAUAUUGUAUCAUCGGGGACUUAGCAUUAAGACAUAUUUCCAUUCUUAUAUAGUGUAAAGAUUUUCUUCAGAGAUUUAAGAGGGAUAUAAAGUUUGCUUGAAUUUAUUAUGUGCUCCGUUUGUAGGGAAGAAAGCUGUGAGGUUUCUUUUUUCACAACACAACACCGGCAUAAAAAGAAAAAGAAGACAGAAAACUUGAUUAUGAGAUGCCAACACAUGCAGUCUAUUUUCUUUUUUUCCGACUGACUGGAAUCAGGGUUCGUUGGGUUGUCUCACCAGCAGCUACAGAAGGGAUCUUUCUACGGUGAAUUGGCACAUUUGUGAGAUAUUUACUGCAUAUUGUAUAUAAGAAUAUUUUAUUUUGAGCAAUUUAAUUGCACCUUAUUUUAUGGCAGUUCUAUGCAUUUUAUGAGAGCGUUUGUCUGUUUUUAUUACUAUCGCACACGGUGGACAGCUGAUGCCCGGAUUGCAUGUAUUUGUAAUACAUAAGAAAAGAAAAGAAAAAGCAAUGGCACCUUCACUCGCUGCUGCAGCUAGUCGGCCAAAGCGGGACUUCUUCCACAGUAGCGACAAAUUACAAAUCAGCGGUUUUUAUUUUUUAAAUAUAUUCACGAAGUCCAGUGGAAAUGCAAGACCGAACGAGAGAUGCAGAACAAUUUUACAAUAGUACUGUAGUUCAUUACAGUGCGGUUCUUUGGAUACCUUAAUAACAGUUUACUUGGUAGUUUUCUCCUAACAUCUGUGUCUUCAGUGAUUUGUCUCUUGUUUUCCUUGGCGUCCGGUCACUGGGGGGACUUUACUGAUUUAGCAUGCUCUACCAAGAUUGUGGCUUCUUUCGGGGGGGGGGGGGGGGG